UCUCACCCAUGAGCUUGAUUGGUUUCUAUUAAUGGCGUCUGCUGCUGGUCUUCAAUAAUUGUUGGUUUCCACCGGGGUCUCCAGGAUUCUAAUUCAUUGACUCGGUGACGCUCGACUCACAAGCUUCUUGCUGGAUUUUGCGAUCUCGUUUUCUGCCGCCAUUGGUGCAAUUUUUCACGGAUUUCGACUUGUCCAAUUGAAGAGCUGGUUCAUACUCACACAGUGAGUGUGUAGGUAUUUUUGGUGGUUUGGGAAAUGGUGGAACAAGGACGUUGACUGAGCUGAGUUUGCUGUUAUUGUUGUUGUUCAAUGAAGCGGAAGCCUAUUUCUCCUAAGCUAUUGAUACGGCACAAAUGGAAGACGAAGAUCUUUGCACUGCUUUUAGUAGGUUUUUGUUUCUCCACGUUUUUGUUAAUGGAGGCACAGUACAGUCGAAUUGGUGCUUCUUCGAUCUUUCCUCUGUUCGUUCAAAAACCUAAAAUCGCUUUCUUGUUCCUAGCUCGAAACCGGCUUCCGCUAGACCUAGUUUGGGAUGAAUUCUUUCAGGGAGAGAAUGACAAUCGAUUUUCAAUCUACGUUCAUUCUAGGCCUGGUUUCCUACUUAACAAAUUGACGACAAGAUCUGGUUAUUUUUUGGACCGUCAAGUUAAUAAUAGUAUACAGGUAUAUUGGGGAGAAGCAAGCAUGAUACAAGCAGAGAUUAUUUUGCUUCAACAUGCACUCAUGGAUCCUUCUAAUGAACGAUUUGCGUUCCUCUCAGACAGCUGCAUUCCCUUGUACAACUUCAGCUACACAUAUGAUUACAUAAUGUCAACAUCAACUAGCUUCGUGGACAGCUUUGCUGAUACAAAGGAAGGUCGCUACAACCCCAAAAUGGAUCCAGUUAUCCCUGUUAAUCAUUGGAGGAAAGGAUCUCAGUGGGCGAUUCUGACCAGAAAGCAUGCCGAGAUUAUUGUAAAGGAUGGCAUUGUCUUUCCUAUGUUCCAGCAGCAUUGCCAGAGGAAAUCACUACCCGAGUUUUGGCGGGAUCGUCCUGUUCCUGCUGAUAAUUCAAAGGAGCACAAUUGUAUACCUGAUGAACAUUAUGUUGCAACAUUACUUGCUCAUAAAGGCCUUGAAGGAGAAAUCACGAGGAGGACUCUAACUCACACUUCAUGGGAUAUUUCAUCCAACAAAGGUCGUGAGCGGCAAGGAUGGCAUCCCGUGACCUACAAAUUGGCUGAUGCCACUCCCAUGCUCAUUCAAUCUAUUAAGGAUAUCGACAAUAUCUACUAUGAGACAGAAUACCGAAGAGAAUGGUGCACCAGCAAGGGAAAACCAUCCCCUUGCUUCCUUUUUGCUCGGAAAUUUACUCGGCCUGCUGCUCUGCGUCUUCUUAAUUUGUCUGCACUAGGUGUUUCUAAAGAAGCUACAAGUCAUUCCUUGAUGAGGUGAAGUGUAUAGAAAUAGUAUGUUUGAUAAACAGCCUGAGCCAGGUAGGUUUUUCUUUACUAGAGUUCUUACUUACCUUUGUUGUGUGUAUUUUGUAACAAAAUGAAUAUAUGUUGUAGAAAAAGAUCAAAAAGAAGAAAAAAAAAGCAGUUUAUACAGCUUUAGCCUGACAGGUAAAGAGCUGGAGUUUAUACAGCUUUUAACCUGGCAGGUAAAGAGGUGGAUAGGAUAGAAAGAAAAGAAAAAAGAAGCCUGUAAGUGUGAGUUGGUUUGAUGUGUGGUCUGUAUAUGUACUCUCUUAUUCUCAUUUUAGUGUUUUCUUUAAA